CGAUGCCCGCCGUUUGUUGUUCCCCGAGUACACAUCUCCGUUCUCGCCUUCCGCUCCACUUCUCACCGUCCCGUCCCUCCCGUUCGUUCGUAGUUGUUUAGGCGUUGACAGGCUUCGCGCUCGACGUCAUCACGCGCGUGUACACGUCUAAGCUCGUAAAAAGCGAGAUUAUGAAAUAUUCUCGUUACUCUUUGAUCCCGCGGAAAUAAAUAGCAUAAGCUACAGUAUGGGUCUCCAACUGUGCGUGCGUAUGUGUGUUUGUGUGUUGGAGAAAUAAUAGUUGAUGCAACGCGAUGUUAAAUUUGUAACGUUUAAUCUUACAUAUGUAUGGAUCUUAAUCUCGGGCUGAUUGUCGCGAGGGCAUGAGGAACGAUCCGCGCCGCGGCGACUGCAUUGAGGGACUACCAGGCGCGAGCUAAACUUGAUCUCCCACCGCUAUGGAAAAUCAUCAAGGUUACCAUCAUCAGGCCAUCUCGACCCAUCAGUCUUUCUGGAAGAAGAAUACACGUGCUGUGCCAGGAAGGCCGAGCCUGAAGCAGGACGUUAGGCACAAGUUCAAUCCCACGUCCGGCAAUCCGGCCGGCGCCGCCGCCAACAGCAGCGGCAGCACAGGUGGCGGCGGGGGCUCAACGUCCUUUCAAGACUUUCAGGAGAGCGUGGACGACGCGUGGGACUCGGGCGACGAUGAGUUCUGCACGGUCUCGGAUGUGAGGAUAUCGAAGAGGGUCAGCCACUCGGCGGCCCUCAGCGUUAUCAACAGCCACAGAUCCGGCAAUAAGUGUACGCAGCCGUCCCAGACGAACGCCAAGAUGAUCCAGCAGAAGAUCAUCCCGGAGGAGAAGAAGGCGGAGGCCCUCCAGAGGCUGGCGGUGCAGCCGUUGCACCUGCGCAACGUGAAUCUCCACCCGCAGAUGAUCAACAGCCAGCACACCGGUGAGGAUGCGGAUUUGAAGCACGGCGCGUCGCCGCAGCACAAGCCGACGCAAUUCCCCGGUAGACCGCAGCCCCUGAGGCAGGCGAACGCUCCCAAUAAAUUUUUUAUACCGUCGAAGGAGCAGGAUGGCGAGAGCAAGGUGGACAAGUUUCAGUUGCUUUUGGAAGCGUCCGUGCUGAAUCUGGAUGAGCUGAGGCAGCUGUCGUGGUCGGGCGUGCCUGCCAAAUUGCGCUCCGUCACUUGGCGGUUAUUGUCUGAGUAUUUGCCGGCUAAUCUGGAGCGUAGGCAGCCCGCGUUGGAGCGCAAACGGCUGGACUACUGGAACUUGGUGAAGCAGUAUUACGACGUCGAGCGGGACGAGGGCUUUCAGGACACGUAUCGCCAGAUUCACAUCGACAUCCCUAGAAUGUCGCCGCUCAUCUCGCUGUUCCAGCAGACGACGGUGCAGCUGAUAUUCGAGAGAAUACUGUACAUUUGGGCGAUCAGGCAUCCGGCGUCUGGUUACGUUCAGGGUAUGAAUGACCUCGUGACACCCUUCUUCUUGGUCUUUCUGCAAGAGGCGGUGCCGAUACAGGCCUGGCAGGAUCUGGAGAAUUACGACGUGGCGUCGUUGUCGAAGGAGCAGCGCGACAUUAUCGAGGCGGACAGCUUUUGGUGCCUAUCUAAAUUCUUGGACGGUAUACAGGACAACUAUAUAUUUGCUCAGUUGGGGAUCCAGCAUAAAGUGAACCAAUUGAAGGAGCUGAUACAGAGGAUCGAUGCGCCGUUGCAUCAACAUUUGCAUCAGCAUGGAGUGGAUUACCUACAAUUCUCCUUCCGGUGGAUGAACAAUCUGCUAACCAGGGAAAUCCCGCUUCACUGCACCAUCCGACUGUGGGACACGUAUCUGGCGGAGUCCGACAGAUUCGCCUCGUUUCAGCUCUACGUAUGCGCGGCCUUUCUUCUCCGUUGGAGGCGACACUUGCUCUUGCAACCUGAUUUUCAAGGGCUGAUGUUAAUGCUACAAAACCUGCCCACGCAAAACUGGACGGACUCGGAGAUAGGCGUGCUGGUGGCCGAGGCGUACAAAUUGAAGUUCACGUUCGCCGACGCGCCGAAUCACCUGCAGGCCCACGACACGACGACCAGGUGACCACUUUCCGACGGAUUGGGUUGACGUUAUUACGAAUAGCGGCCAAGCCGCGCGAGGGCCGGGCGCUGUCCCGUGUUAUCGCCGGUUUAUCCUCUUCCGUCUCGCCGUCACUUAUGUACACUGUGACGUACAGUCUAUCACGGCCAUAUCGAAAGUUUCCGGGAAAAAAAAAAGAAGAAAACCACGCGGUCUCCUACGUUUCCGUUCCCGCGUCGCGACUAUUAAGUUUUCGCGAUUUACUUUAUGCGUUUAUAGUUUAUUCCUUUGUUACAUUGAAGGAUAUUUCACCAAGAGGACGUUUAGAUAUACUCGCCAUGUUCCGCUCUGGAAUAAAAUUGUUUAAGUGCGUUUUCAAGGCGCGGUAAAUGUAACGCGGAAUCAAUUGCCAUUUCCCCGGUUUGCAUUAAAUUUUUAUAUAUAUAAGUCUCACAGACAUUAUAUACAGAUAAUAUAUAUAGACAGGAAAGUUUUAUAUAUCGAUCCUGUGUUGUGCUUUUA